AUGCAGUCCACGUCAGCACCCGGCGGACCACAUUCCGCCAAUCGGGCCACCGGGGGAGCAGCCGCUCCGCCGCCCGCGCAUGGGCCCCCCAUGAGCGCAGGCGGCGGAGAUCAUCCGCACGGCGCCGGCGGGGGGAUGUCCGUGGGCGGCGCAGCGGAAGCGGGGGCGCUUGCGCAGGCGGGAGCGGGUUCGACGGCGGGAGUCGCGGAGCUCUCUAAAGCCGCGGCGCGACGGGUGGUGGACCUGCGGUCCGACACGGUGACCAAACCCACCGGCGCGAUGCGGGAAGCGAUGAAGAACGCUGAGGUGGACGAUGACGUCAUCGGGAUCGAUCCGACGGUGGACAGGCUUCAGAGGCAGGUGGCGACGAUGAUGGGGAAGGAGGCGGGGCUGUUCGUGCCGUCGGGGACCAUGGGGAACCUCAUCUGCGUGCUCGUGCAUUGUGAGGUGCGGGGCAGUGAGGUUAUCAUGGGUGCAGACUCCCACAUCAGUGUGUACGAGCAAGGUGGUGUGGCCACACUGGGGAGCGUGCAUCCGCGCACGGUGGUGAACAAGGCAGACGGCACCAUGGACCUCAAGAAGGUGGAGCUGGCUAUCAGGAAAGACGAUGAGCAUUACCCGGUUACCAGAUGCAUCUGCCUCGAGAACACCCACAACAGGUGCGGAGGGCGUGCCAUAACUGUGGACUAUACAGAGCGGCUGGCGGAGCUGGCGUCGUGGUACGGGCUCAAGUUUCACAUCGACGGAGCGAGAAUAUUCAACGCCGCUGUGGCCCUCAGAGUGCCUGUGGAUCGCCUAGUCCGCCCUGCGCACAGUGUUUCUGUGUGCCUAUCGAAAGGACUCGGAGCACCGGCAGGCAGUGUGAUUGUGGGCUCUGUGGAGUUCAUCGCCAAGGCUCGUCGCUUACGGAAAGCACUGGGCGGCAGCAUGCGGCAGGUGGGCGUGCUGGCAGCGGCGGGGCUGGUGGCGCUUCAGGAGUCGGUGCCUCGGCUCAUCAGGGACCACCAACGCGCCAUGCAGCUCGCAGUGUUUGCCAGUGCUGGCAGCAGCAUUAGCGGUGCAACGUCAGGUGGGGUGGGCGUGCUGGCAGCAGCGGGGCUGGUGGCGCUUCAGGAGUCGGUGCCUCGGCUCAUCCGAGACCACCAACACGCCAUGCAGUUUGCAUUAUCCGUGUCCCUGCCUGUUGGGCUCCGCUUCCUCCCUCCCACUCCUCUCCGCUUAUUCCUCCCUCCACUAUGCUGCCUCUGCAGAGGGGUUGGAGACAGUGGAUGGGCUGGCUGUGCAUGUUUGAGUCACCUCAAGCAAGGCGCCUCAAGCACGUGA